UUCUUUUUUCUCCACCAAUAAUUUUCCUUCGAGUUGUCUGUGUCUCCUUAUCAGUAGUGGAUUGAGAUCAGCCCUCAGGAACUCUGGAAGGAUCCCUGUAACCUGUUCCUUCCCAUUCCUUGCCGUUUUAUAUGUCCAAACUCUCGCACAAACUCACAACGUACGCCAUCAGUCUUAAUUCUCUCCAACAACAGCCACUGACAUGGGAGGAGAAGGCAGCAACCCUAGCUGCUGCUGCCAUUUCCACCCCAAGCAAGAGAUGGUGGGAGUGUGUGCUCUCUGCUUGAGAGAAAGGCUCCUGGUUUUGGCCUCUAAUUAUCCACAAAAAACACUGAAGAAGCAGACCAAAUCCAGAAUCAGGAUUGGUAAAGUAUUUGCUCUCCUUUCCUUCUUCCACCUCUCUCAUCCCAACAAGAAGUUUGACCACGAAGCUGCUUCUGCUUCCAUCUCCAGCCUAGAAGAAUCAUUCAUAUCAAUCAAAUUUGAGGAGAAUGGGCAAGCAUCAUGGCACAGUAACAAAAGCCUGCCACCGUCCAGUGGCUUCGUUGGUCAGUUGGCACUGUAUUGGAAGAGCGAGAAGAAGGAUCGCACUAACAGGACGAGAACAAGCAGCAGUGCGAGCAGUUGUUAUGAUGUUAAGGUGGAUGAGAGAUUGGUCAAGGCAAGGAAAGGGUGGAUGAAGAGCAUAACAAGGAAGAGGUGACGAACAAAUUAUAAACAAAAAGGGAAGUAAUUAAUCUUAAUUUUUUGCAAGUUAUUGGUGUGGAUUUAGUUUUUUUUUUUCCUUCAAUAUGGAUGGAGAAUUUAUUAAUUAAGCAUAUGAUACAGUACAAAUGAAUAUAUUCUUGUUGUUGGUAAGAUCUAGUGAUCAUAACGACUUACUAUUGUCUCUUAAAGGAGUUGAAUUGUAUUGGUGCAAAAAAAUUUGAUCAAAGUUUGGGUCGAA